AUGUUCAAAUACGUUGUCGUUGCCGUCUUGGCUUUGGUGGCUAGCGUCACAGCUGCACCAGGAUACUUGAGUGGCGCGCAUGGCGGCGCUCUUCUGGGUGGCCUGCACUCUGGUCCAGCUCUGUCGUUGGGUCACACCGCACCAGCCCUCUCGUUGGCGCAUGCAGCGCCUGCCAUCUCUUAUGGCCAUGCUGCACUCGCUGCUCCAGCUAUCUCCUAUGCCGCUCCGGCCAUUUCGCAUGCGCCAGCCAUUUCGUAUGCCGCUCCAGCCAUCACGAAAAUUUCUGCUGCACCAAUCCUCUCGCAUGCCUCCAUUGCUGGUCCAUCCUUGGGACAUGGUUUAGGCCUUGGUUACGGACUAGGACCUGGUCUUGGAUUGGGUCAUGGUAUUGGAUUGGGUCAUGGUCUUGGAUUGGGUCAUGGUCUUGCAUUGGGUCAUGGCUGGUAAGUGUGAGUCGCUGUGGAGGAAUCGGAGCCGCCUGGAUGGGAAUCUCUUGUGCUGCUGUUAAGAGUCGUUCCGUUAAUGUGUAAAUAUGUUAUGUAGAUACGUUGUAAUUUUCUUCUUUUCUUAUUUCUUUGCCGAAAAUCGCAAUGAAAUCGUUUGUG